AUGAACAAGUAUGGUGAGAAAGAUAGGUCUGUGACACUGCAUACAGAUGUGGGAGAUAUCAAGAUAGAAGUCUUCUGUGAGAGAACACCCAAAACGUGUGAGAAUUUCUUGGCUCUGUGUGCCAGUAAUUACUACAAUGGCUGUGUGUUCCAUAGAAAUAUCAAGGGCUUCAUGGUUCAAACAGGAGAUCCAACAGGUACUGGAAGAGGAGGCAGCAGUAUCUGGGGCAAGAAGUUUGAGGAUGAAUACAGUGAAUAUCUGAAGCACAAUGUUCGAGGUGUUGUAUCUAUGGCUAAUAAUGGCCCAAACACCAACGGAUCUCAGUUCUUCAUCACCUAUGGCAAGCAGCCACACUUGGACAUGAAAUAUACAGUGUUCGGAAAGGUAAUAGAUGGUCUGGAGACUUUGGAUGAAUUGGAGAAGUUACCAGUAAAUGAGAAGACUUACAGACCUCUUAAUGAUGUGCACAUUAAGGACAUAACUAUUCAUGCCAACCCGUUUGCUCAGUAGCUGUAGUAGACCUGGCCACACACUUGGCAAACACUUAACUGGGAAACGCCCAGUGUGGUUUAUCCAGUUCUGAGUCCGUCAGAGACUGAUCCUCUUCUGGCAUCUACAGUACUGGGCUCCAUGUGGGAGCCCUGGGCUUCACGCCCCAUCUUGAACAUAUUCUGUGCCACGACUGUCGCUCAAUAGGUUUACUUCAAAUAGAGAGCAGUGCCUUGUUUUUAUUAC